AUGGCCGGGAGCUUCUCGAGCCCCGACAAUCGGCCCAGUGCCUGCGACCACGGUCAUAGCCCCAGCCACAGCCACAGCCAUAGUCACGACCAUCACGACCACAAACAUGAACAUGACCAUGAACAUAACCACGAACAUGACCAUAGCCACGAUGGCCUUGGGCACAACCACUCGCACGUACACGACGACCACCACAAGAAGGACACCAAACAGUCGCUGUUCACGCGCACCGUCCUCCCAUAUACUGCGAGAUGGCCUGUGGUACACGCAAUCAUGACGGAGAAGGAUUCUAGGCGUAUUUUCUAUUUCAUGAUGCACGUGCCCAAUCGAUUCCAGCAGACUUCCCUUGCUAACUGGCGUAAUAGGAUCAACUUUGCGUUCAUGACGGUGCAGGCGUUCUACGGGUACGUCACGGACUCGUUGGGCUUGCUCAGCGACAGCAUCCACAUGUUCUUUGACUGCGUCGCGCUGCUUGUCGGCCUACUGGCCGCGGUGAUGAGCAAGUGGCCGCCGAGCCAGAAAUUCCCUUAUGGCUUCGGCAAGAUUGAGUCGCUGAGUGGGUUCGCCAAUGGUGUGCUGUUGAUGCUCUUGAGUGUUGAAAUCGCCUUCGAGGCAUUCGAGCGACUAUGGGAAGGCAGCCAGCCGAAACGGCUAGGCGAGCUGCUUGUUGUGAGCACCCUUGGACUACUCGUCAACUUGAUUGGGUUGACUUCGUUUGGACAUCAUCAUCACCAUGGCCACGGGCAUUCGCACGGGCACAGCCAUGGCCACGAGCAUGACCACGGCCAUGCCCAUUCACACGAAAAGGGCGGUCACAGUCAUGGCGGCGGCUGUGGAGGCCAUGGCAACGACAACAUGUACGGGAUCUACCUGCAUAUCAUGGCAGACACCCUUGGCAGUGCGUCGGUUAUAGUCUCGACAGUUCUGACCAGCUGGCUCGGCUGGGCCGGGUGGGACCCUCUCGCCUCGUGCUUCAUUGCAGGGCUCAUCUUCGUCUCUGCCAUUCCCCUCGUUCAAGGCUCGGCGACACACCUCUUGCUCAGCGUGCCGGAGAACAGCGAAUACAAUCUGCGCAACACUCUCGGCGGCAUCCUGCAGCAGAGAGGUGUGGUCAGCUACUCUGCUCCGAGAUUUUGGGAAGACGACCGCAGCGGCGGUGACGCGGGUGACAAACUCACUGGCGUUGUGCACGUGGUAGCCUCCAGGAACGCAUCAGUUGACGACGUACGGGACAGGGUGGACGAGUUCCUGAGCAGGGAGGGCGUCAACGCGGUGAUCCAAGUGGAGAAAGAGGGAGACAACUCGUGCUGGUGUAGCCGACGAGCGAUGAACGCGCCACCCACCCCCAAACCCUUCUGA